UUUCGCGCUCGACCCAACACGCUCGCGAAUCGGCAACGCUGCCCAGCAAGGCUCGCGAAAAGUUCAACAAUCAACGAAGAAGUUUCAGGCAAAAAACUCUCGGGUUUGCUGCCAAAAGUUUUCGUUCGGCCCAAAUUAGUUUCGCGUUUAAGGAUACACAAAACCAAAAAUAAAACAUGUUUAAAUGUAUACUGCCCGUGUUUUUGCUGAUUGCCUCCUGCCUCGGCAGUCCGGUGAGCCAGACGCGCCGCUUCCCCAACGACUUUCUUUGGGGCGUCGGCUCGUCUUCCUACCAGAUCGAGGGGGGCUGGAACGCGGACGACAAAGGGGAGUCCAUCUGGGACUUCCUCACCCACACACAUCCCGAGAAGAUAGCCGAUCAGUCAAACGGCGAUAUCUCCGCGGACAGCUAUCAUCAGUGGAAGCGGGAUGUCCAAAUGGUGAAGGAGCUGCAUGCCGGCACAUAUCGCUUUUCCUUGUCCUGGGCCCGCAUAAUGCCCGGCGGCUAUAUGAAUCACGUGAGCACGGCGGGCAUCAAGUACUACUCCAACCUGAUCGACGAGCUGCUCCGCUACAACAUAACUCCCAUGGUGACGAUCUACCACUGGGAGCUGCCGCAAAAGAUCCAAGAGAUGGGCGGCUGGACCAACCCGGAGAUCAUACCCCUCUUCAAGGAUUACGCCCGCCUGGUGCUGGAAAUGUACGGCGACAGGGUGAAAUUAUGGACCACCAUCAACGAGCCGUGGCAUGUGUGCGAGCACGCCUAUGGCGUGGACUACAUGGCCCCCUCGUACAAUAACCCCGGCAUUCCCGCCUAUCUGUGUGGCCACAACUUGCUGAAGGCCCACGCCGAGGUGGUGCACAUGUACCGGGAGCUCUUCCAGUCGCGACAGGGCGGUCGCAUCGGCAUCACCCUGGACACAUCCUGGCCCGAGCCCAAGGACCCCAACUCCGCGGAGGAUCGCGAGGCCUCCGAGCGAGCCAUGCAGUUCUAUGUGGGAUGGUUCGGCCAUCCCAUCUUCUCCAAGCACGGCAACUACCCCAAGGUGAUGAUCGAGAGGAUUAGGAAUCUGAGCAAGGAGCAGGGCUUCGGAGUGCGAUCCAGGCUGCCCGAGUUCACCACGGAGGAGAUCCAUCGCAUCCGCGGCACCUCGGACUUCUUCGGCAUCAAUUCGUACACCAGCAACCUGGUCACUUCGAAUGGACACAACAAUAGCGGCAAGUUCCCGAUUCCGUCGUUCAACCAUGAUAUGGGAGUGGUGGAGAGCCAGGAGGGCGUCGACUGGCCAAGCUCGGGAUCCGUUUGGCUCAAGUCCUAUCCCAAGGGAAUGUACAAUCUGCUGAUGUGGAUACACCGGGAGUACAAUGGACCCGAGAUCAUUGUCACGGAGAACGGGGUCAGUGAUCGCGGUGGCCUGGAGGACUACGCUCGAGUGGACUACUACAACCUGUAUCUCUCGGCGGUGCUGGACGCCAUUGAGGAUGGCGUGAAUGUGAGUGGCUACAUCGCCUGGAGUCUGAUGGACAGCUAUGAGUGGAAGGCUGGCUUCACGGAGAAGUUCGGACUAUACCACGUGGACUUCAACCACCCGGAACGCACAAGAACGCCCAAGAUUUCCGCCCGGGUCUUUGCCCAGAUGUGCAAGACCAACACCAUCGACUGGAGCUACAGACCCAAGCUCGAUGAGGAACAGCAACUGGUGGCCAUGGCCCAGCUGCCGGCCGAGGAUCGAGUGGCCGGAACCAGUGGUGCCGGUGCUAGUGGCGCCGUCAGUUGGAGUCUAACGGGCCUUCUUCUCCUGGCUCUCUUCAGAUAAGCGAUUAGACGAGGGGAGAGCCUUGCCAUACUCAACUUGUCCCAUUGUCAAGUAUUGAUUGCUACUCGUAGCCAUAAGUUUGUCUAACCAUCACUGUAAUAUAUUAUUUAAAUGUAAUACAUGUACCUAUAGAUGUUUUAAUUUGUACUUAUGCUUAAGGACUCGAAACUGAAUAAAACCUUUUUGUGAUAUUUAAA